AAGCCCAAUGUUCCGAUCCAUCUCAUAAAUGUACCAUUUCUUUAGACCGAUUUUUAACUGUUGUGUGUCGCGCAUCACUCACUUGAUGCGAAAGGUGCUUUAAAUUACGCGACAUCGUCAUCGCACACAUAUUUUUAUAAUCUCACGAUGUAUACGGGGCAAUGCAGAGCAGUACGGUUAUUGUGACUCGCGGGGAUCCGAAUAAUAAAUGAAUUUGGCUCGCAGCCAGUGCAUUAUUGAACAGAGCUCCAUGAAGUGUGAUAUUGUGUGUCACAAAACGGAAGGAAAUCCGUAAAAGAAAAAGGAGUGUAACUUCUUCAACUGUCAUAAUACUUGAAACAAAAUUCCAUGGACUGCUGUUUUGCUAAUCAACAUGAUGGUUCGCAAAUCGCGGAGACAUUCCCAAAUGUCUCCAGUCCAGAGAUGUUUGAUAGUGAAACUGAGAGUGACAUGGAGAACAGAGAUGAUAGUGCAUUACCAGAGGACAAUACAUUGACAGCAAUUAGUCCCCAAAAACCUUCGCAAGCUGAAUUAAUUGCAAAAUCAGACGGUUAUUUAUUAAACAGAAUUAAUAAGUUUCUGAGUGGUGUCCCACCUCCGCCGAGGCAUACAAUAUGUCAAAAUGAUUGCUCUGAUUUUUUGCAACUUAUUUAUAAAAAUCAUCAAUAUUUCUGGACUGGAUAUCCAUUACUGAAUGCAAAUUCGGAAUCUGCAGAAAGUACAAACGCCCAGAAGCAAACGACUACGGAAAUUAGUGAUAGAAAUAUUUAUCAAUGUACAAAAGGCACUCCAAGGAAUUUGACAAAUGCUUUCGACGCUUGCGAGUUGCCUGCUAAUAAUACAGAAAAUACACAAUCGAGUGUAAACAAUAAUAGUGAUAGUAGUGAUAAUUUAAGUACACAACAAAGUGUUCCUAUGGAAAUAAGGAAUCCUGUUAAUAUGAUUAAAGAGCCGAUUAGAGUUCCAUCGAUUGUAAUCAACUCUAACGCAUCUCUUGAGCAGUCUCCUUUUUUUUAUCACACAAUUAAUGAAGAAGAAGCCACAAUUUUAACAUGGCCUCAAGCAUACCUUCACAAAUUUCAUGGCAUACAUUAUAACAGAAACAAGACUGCAGAAGAAUACGAGAAUUUAACAGUUAAAUUAUGCGAGAGAUACAUAGGAGCUGAAACGCAGUCAACUUGUAACAUAUGGUUUUCAAAACAGCCACUGGGAAGCGCGAAGAAGCGUUUAUUGGCCAAGCGCGAAAACGGUCAGAGUCCAGGCAAGAGGCUGACACAUUUAGCCAGAAGGCGCAAGACUUUCUCUAGUGCCAACUUGCAGGGAUUGGGACUCUCCGAGAAAAGGCAGCUAGUGGUGCAAAUUAAGAAACCGACGCACAAAAAGGGAAAGAGUCCACGAGGUAAAAGUCCACGUGGCAAGAACCCACGAGGUAAAAGUCCAAGGGGUAAGAGUCCUCGGGGCAAAAGCCCAAGAAGUUCGGCAAAGAAAAGGGUAGUGCGGAGAUUAAUGCUGGACGGAUCGAGUCCACGUAAAUCUAAAUUAGAAACUUCGAAGCGUGCGCUGUUUCAAAGCCCAUCGUCGGAGCACGCGGGUCCUAGUAAAUUAAUAGGUAUGAACAAUUCAGAAAAACAAAAGAUCAAGCGCGUUUUAUUUUCACCGUCGAAAAAGAUGGAAAACGACGCCGAAGACACGAAGCAGGUGCCGCUGAGGGAAGAAAGUAGAAAAAGAAAAUGCGAGGAGGAGUUGCAAGGGCCACGACUCAAGUGGGCGAAGAGCCUGUCUUUUGACUGCACACAUGAAUUGGAAAACACCUCGCGAAUCAUGUGGGAUAGACACUCGUCGAGCAGUAUUCUUUCGAAGAACGAUACGUCUUUCACUCAAGGAAGAAAUGAAUUGAGCGACACGCAUAGAAAGAAAUUACUUUGGGCGGUCGCGGAGGCCCUACGAAGCAAAGGCAUCGGCAUGAAUCAUCCGAAGUUCAAACAGUACGCCGCAAACUUGGCACGCACAAUCAAAAAAUUUAUGCCAGACCUCGAAAAUAGGAAUAUUCCGCGGAAACCUGGUAGUACAAGCGACCGGAUGCUGAAACUAGCCAAGCAUCACGUACUGUUUCUUAUCGAUACUAGGCCAAUAGAUUGACAGCUACUCGAUGCAAUUAGUAAAAUUCAAAAGGUUGCAUGCAAAGUUCGCUUUUUUUCUUUUUUCGGCGGACGGAAUAUUAAAAUGACCAAAUAUGGGUGCUUAUAUAUAUAUAUAUUUAGCCAACGUGUGUUUAUACUAUGACUUUUGUGUAAUUUAAUAACACGAGAAUAUAAAAUGUGUUGUAUUAUAGUAAUAUCAAAUUUAAAAAUGGGAUUGUAUACUGUUACACGCCCACUUGCCGGGGUAUUAAACGUUUUUUAUCGUAUAAAUAAGAGGUGUGUUUUUAAUAAGCAUAGUUUUAUUAGCUUUAAAAUAUUCUUAUUUCACAACUUAUAAAUAAUUAAUAAACGGCGCUUUUCUGAAGUAAAACGCAAUUUGUAAUAAUUUUAUGAGUUAUUACAUAUGCACAUAUACAUGUAUAUAUGUACAUACAUAUACACAUACACACAUCUUUGAACAAGAAAAAGCAAAGUUGCAAGAAGAAUUUAAAAAGCAGAAAAAGGAAUUUUCUGGAAAAAAUUAAUAAACUGUAGUUCAUUAAUUUUAAGAACGGCAAAGGUGAAUGGCCAAUUCUCGAUGUAGGUGUCUCAAAACAUGAUCCUGUCAAAAACAAUUAACAAACUGCAGUUUAUUAAUAAACCUGCAAAUCAUUAAUUUUGUUUUGCAAGAUUACGUUUUGGUAUACCUACAUCGAGAACUAGCGACUCAUUCUUGGCAUUCUGUUCUUCAUUCACUAACCAGGCAUUUCCUUGAGGCAAUGUUGAUAUUCGAUAUUAAUGGAUUUCGAAAAGCUGCUUCCUGCUUUUUCAAUUCUUCUUGCAACUUUGCUUUCUGCUCUGUGCUCUUUCUUCUGUUUCUCUAAUAUGUGUAUAUGUAUAUGUGGUAACUCAUAAGGUCAUUACAAAUUGCGUUUUAAAAAGUUAUAACACAUGUCUGUAUUUAAAACGAAGAUGAGGGAUGUGUAAAAAAAUAAAGACUAAUCGCGCCAAAAA